AUGGCGCCGACGCCGGCGCGCGCCACCGCCGCCGCCCACGCCCUGCUACGGAGAACAAGAUGCUCGGCGGCGGCAAAUCGGAUCCGGCCGGCCGCGAGGGACUUCUCCAGCGCGCCUGCGGGGGCAGCCGAGCCGCAGGGUGCCCCGGCGAACGUUGCUGGCGUGAAACCUGGGGAUGACGAGCUCGACGUGGCCAUCGUCGGCGGAGGCAUGGUGGGCUUGGCCGUUGCUUGUGCACUCUCCAAUAUGCCAUUGACCAAACAUCUGCGGGUCGCCAUCAUCGAUAGCAAUCCUGCGCUGAAGUCGAGAGGUUAUCUGAAGAAAGAUGGUGUACCUGAUUCAAGGGUCAGCACUGUUACACCUGCAACCAUUUCCUUCUUCAGAGAUAUUGGUGCGUGGGAGCAUAUUCUACAGCAAAGACACGCUUUCUUUGGCAAAAUGCAGGUAUGGGAUUACACUGGACUAGGAUACACAAGGUACAAUGCAAGAGAUGUGUGCAAAGAAUAUCUUGGAUGUGUGGUGGAGAACAAGGUGCUUUGCAACUCACUUUUGUUACGUUUACAGGAGCAAAAGGAAGACAUUCAAAAGAUGAUCUACCCUACCCGAUUGCUAUCUCUUGCUUUCCCGUCAAAGAGCAGACAAGGAACAGCAGGGCUGAAGUCACCAUCAACUGAGGCAGAUUCCACCAGUCAUACUUCAGAGGCAUUACGUCGUAGUAAUUUGGUUAAACUUGACCUAAGCGAUGGGCAGAUAUAUUCAAAGUUGGUGAUAGGAGCUGAUGGCUCCAAGUCCAAUGUAAGGCAGACUGCGGGCAUAAAAACAUCUGGGUGGAGUUAUCCUCAGAGUGCGAUUAUAUGUACAGUGGAGCAUAUUGCAGAGAAUGACACUGCAUGGCAGAGGUUUCUCCCUUCUGGUCCAAUUGCCCUACUUCCAGUAGGUGACAACUUCAGCAAUAUAGUGUGGACAAUGAGCCCAGAGGAGGCAUCACACCAUAAGUCCACCAGCCCUGAAGAAUUUCUGAAAUCGGUGAACCAUGCAUUGGAUUUUGGUCAUGGUCCUCAUCCCAACUCUAGUAGCCUUGACCGUUACAUGGAAAGGUUGUUUUCUGGCAUUGGAGAUACUGCAGCAUCUACACAAGAAUGCUUUGAAGUGCCACCAAAAGCAAUUGGGUUGAUCUCCGAUAGAAUGGCGUUUCCACUGUCACUGAUGCAUUCCCACGAUUAUGUUUCAAAGGGGCUAGCGCUAGUUGGUGAUGCUGCCCAUACAGUCCACCCCUUGGCUGGGCAAGGUGUCAACUUGGGUUUUGGAGACGCAGCUGCCUUAGCAAACGUUAUUUCUGAAGGUGUUUCUGUUGGUGCUGAUAUUGGAGACCUAUCUUUGCUAAGUCGGUACGAGAAGGACAGGAAGGCUGCGAACGUUGCGAUGGCAGCAGUGCUAGAUGGCUUCCAGAAGAUGUACUCCGUCGACUUCGGGCCCCUCAACGUCCUGAGAGCCGCCGCAUUCCAUGGUGCCCAGUUCAUAUCACCUCUGAAGAAGAACAUCAUCUCUUACGCAAUGGGUGACAGCAAAUCGCCUCUGUUUUAGGCAGGAGGUUUACUUCAUGGAUGUUCACUGUCACAGCAGUACUGUACUUAAAUAAAUGUUCAGUUCUAGACUAGUAUGGUGCACUGGAGUUUUUAUCGAGUAUAUUUCGUGCAGAAACGUUAGUGGAUAGAAUGUAAAAGUAGUACUACUGAAUAAAAUCAGAUCUGUUGGUGUUGUUACAAUGUUCAGUGGUUUGCUUUCACUGGAGGUUCUAUAAACAAUAAACUGAAAGCUAUAUGUCUU